AGGAAAUUUAUUCAGUGGAUUUGGAUUUAUUUAGGAAAUAUUAAAAAAAACAUUUUAUGAAAAUAGAAAAAAGUAAAUCUUACACAAUGACAUAAUGGCAAUAGUUAUGUUUUACAUUUGGUUGUCCGCCACUAUGAAAUAUUUUGUUGCGUCUUUUUACUUUUUGUUUGACAAGAUUUCUAGUCUUUUUGAAUCAAGCGAACCUGAAUUAUAAAACUCUAAGUUUUAAACUUACAACACAUCUGAAUACAUUAAAUUCUUAAGCAUAUUUCUGUGAUAUUAUUUUUCCCAAAGUGGACUAUCUGUGACAAAAUGGCGAGUAUCAACCGAGACUUACGGGAGGCACUCCUCUCAAAAACUCAAAAACGAAAAUUCCGUGUUCAGAUGUUGGAUGCGUCACAAAAACAACUUAGGGAGGGAAUAGAGAACAAACUUCAUAUAAAACAACACGCGAAAUCCAUCUACAAGGAAACAAGAAAAUGUUGUCCACAAGUGGAAUGUUCCAGGACUUGUGCCAGCAAAUCAAUGCACGAGAUGUUCCCCUUUAUCCGAAUAAUGCGCCGGUAUAGCAUCAAGCGGAACCUCUUAGCAGACGUCGUCGCAGGACUUACAGUAGGAAUCAUGCAUAUACCACAAGGAAUGGCAUAUGGUUUCUUAUCACAGCUACCGCCAAUUUACGGCCUUUACACCUCCUUCUUUCCCGUACUCCUGUAUUUCUUCUUCGGCUCUUCCAGACAUGUAUCAAUUGGAACUUUUGCCGUGGUCAGUUUAAUGGUUGGUCAAGUUGUAAACAAGGGCUACCAAACGCACGUAGGAGCUAAAGUGCUCACCUCGGACAAUGCCUCGGUGACAACGUUACUUAGUACCAACACAACGCUAUCCCCUAAUCCACAAGUUGAACCGCUGGUACAAACAGACGGAUACGCCAACCCCAUCAAAUUGGGUCACGCCCUUUCCGUAACAUUCGUCGUCGGAUGUAUGCAGUUGUUGAUGGGUGUUAUGAGAUUGGGAUUUAUGGCCUCGUUUAUGUCGGAUCCGUUCAUCAGUGGAUUCACGACGGGCGCCGCCAUACACGUGUUCUCCAGUCAAAUCAAACACGUAUUUGGUGUUCAUGUCAACAAUCAUUAUGGACCUUUCGCUCUUGUAUAUUUUUACUCGGAGUUUGUCGUGAAUAUCGUGCACACAAACAUGGUGACCUUCACAGCGUCCUUGACCUGUAUGCUCAUGCUCGUUCUCAUCAAAGAAGGGAUCAACAACAACAAAUCUUGUAAACAACAUCUUCUCAUGCCGAUCCCAAUAGAACUUAUCGUGAUUUCAAUUAGUACUGUGGUUUCUUAUUACACGAAACUUGGACAGGACUUUGGUGUAGAAGUGGUUGGCGAAAUUCCCUCCGGACUUCCAGAACCGUCCAUAUCCAACUUGCAGUAUAUACCGGAAGUACUUGGGGACGGUCUAACCAUUGGUUUUAUAGCAUAUGCAAUUAGUUAUUCCAUGGCAAAGAUUCUAGCUGACAGACAUGGCUAUCGUGUCAACGCAAAUCAGGAAUUGGUUGGAUUAGGAGUGUGUAAUUUCGUCAGUUCGUUUUUCUCGUCCUAUUGUUGUGCCGCCUCUCUAUCUCGCAGCCUGGUCCAGGAUGCCGCGGGUGGAAAAACUCAGGUUGUUGGUUUGGUGUCCUCAAUGGUUGUCCUGGUUGUGCUUCUCUACAUAGGACCUUUGUUCGAAUCUCUGCCAGAGUGCAUACUUGCAAGUAUUGUUAUAGUAACGUUGAAAGGGAUGUUCCUCCAGUUCCUAGAACUUAAACGCUUAUGGAAGCUCUCAAAGAAAGACUUUGCUGUUUGGAUGGUGACCUUUAUAGCUGUUGUAAUUUUGGACGUUGCUCUUGGUUUGCUUAUCGGAAUUGUGUUUUCACUGUACUUUGUGCUUAGACACUCACAAAAACCUCAAAUGAGCCAGUUAGGUCAGUUACCAGGGACAGGUGCUUACAAAGAUCUCAAGACAACUAAACAGGUGCACGAGGUUCCAGGCAUGAAAAUUUUCCGGUUUGAGACUUCUUUGUAUUUCGCCAAUGCUGAACAUUUCCGUGAUAAACUAUAUGUGAAGACAGGAUUGAUACCCCGCAAACUGCUGAAACGUAAACGCAAAGCGAUGCACGAAACACUACAGAGGCGAAGGGAGGAGCUAGAACAAAUAGAGUAUGAGAAGAAAAGGCGGGAGGCCCGAAAGAUACGCCCAAGGAUAGAAAUAGUAACGCCACGCCCUGUUCAAGUUGAUGAAUAUGAAGAACAGAUCAAGAAGGCAACAGAGAAUAAAUUAAUCAUGGACAGAUUCGCGAAAGCUUGGCAGCCCCCUAUAAAGAUAUUGAUCUUAGACUUGUCUGUUGUCAACUAUGUUGAUACAGUAGCAGUAAAGCAACUGUCCACUAUUGUUAAAGACUACAAAGAAGUGGGGAUAAAAGUCUUAAUUGCAGGUUGCAAACCUGACGUUAGACUGAUGUUGCGGAAUGCUGAAUUUUAUAAAAAUAUUGACUAUACAUGUUUGUUCUUCACUGUACACGAGGCUGUAAUCAUUGGCCAGGAAGUUGUAGAUGCCGAAAUAAGGAAAAAUAUUCCUAAGAGAGAAGAUGUAAAAUUAAUGAUCGAACUGACAGUUGAUGAAGAGGAUAAAGAAAAGAGUGAUCAAGAAAUAUAUGAUGACGACGACGAUGAUGAAGAUGAUUCGAGUGGGAAACAACCGGAUGUUCAGUCGGAUGACGAUGAACAAUGGUACGAUACUUCACCAGACGACAUAGAAAUGCGCGCAAUAACACACGACUCAGUCGGAAUAGGACAUAGGGACUCGAGUGAAAAACAAGCAUAUGGUGUUUUAAACCGACAAGGCUCAAUAAUAAAAGAUGCAAAUUUUGAAAUGAUAUCACUGAAAGAAAGCAUAAAGUGAUUGCUGUAGACAUGCAAAACAUGUGCCUUGAAAAUGUUAUCGAGUGCAAAAAAGAUGCAGUUUAAAUCAGAGACGAUUAAAAUAUCGAACAUAUUUCCAGUGAUGAAAUCAAUUUCUGUCGUAAACUAAG